AUGGCGGAUCUCAAUGAUGCUAUCUCUAGCCCAACAAAUGCAUAUCACAUCUCACCAGCAGACCAGCAUGAGUCUACGACCAUGCAAGACACGAUCGCCUUCAUCGAAACAAAAUACUACGCUCAUAUCCACGACGGGGGAACGCAGUUCAUCUCACUUCUCAACCUCCCCGAGGAUAAGUAUCAGGCAUUUGAGGCAAAGCGAGAGGAGCACACAUUGCCCUCGAUGCGUGUGCAUUAUUAUCCCAGCCAUGCAACGGCCAUCAUGAAACUCGCGGGAAACACCCAUGAGACAACAAGCAGGGAGAUCUACUCCAUGAUACGCGAUACUUUUGUUUCUUUCCAGAUUCGGUCGAAUAUUCUCCAACCUCGAGGUGCUAGUAGACAGAUGAUGGCCGACGGGAGCAGCAAGGAGCCAGAUGAUUGCUGGAUUCCUCGAUUGACUAGAUCUCGUGAUGAUUUCCCUUCGUUCGUGGUUGAGCUUGGUGAGGCUAUACAUCAGCUGCGUGUGAGUGCGAGGAUGUGGAUUGAGGAUCGUAAUGGGAUGACGAGGGUUGUUUUACUCGUUUCUGUUGACUGGAUGAGUCAGAGGAUCAGGAUGGAGAGAUGGGAGGGGAUUGAUGCAGAUGGCAUAAGAGCACAGUGUGUCCAGGAGGUCAUAAUCGACUAUGCAAAUACCACGGUGGAAAACGCCCCUCUAUUCCUCCCAUUGUGGCUGAUGCUGGAUGCUCCUAUCCAAAUGAUCGUGGCUUUCGAUCAAGAUCAGCUAUUUUUAAUACCAGAUAGCACACUUCUACAUUGGGCACAUGAUGUCUUUCUCUGA